AUGCAACGAUCCAUUCCAACAGUUUUUCCAGUUGAAACUUAUCCAUAUGUAUCAUUUAAUAUGCCAGUUAAUAUGUAUUAUGGACAAGUAAGAUUUAGUAUAUCAACAUCGCUUCCAUUAUUACCAUCAUUGUCUCAGCAACCGCCGUCAUUAUUUCCAUUGUCCGCAGUACCGGCAUCGGCAUCACCGCCACUAAAACCACCAGAACUAUUGCCAUUAACAUCAGUUUCACUGGCGGUAGAUCCAACACUGCCGAUGCCAUCGUUCAAAAUGUUGAUUGAGAAUGGCACAUUUUUUAAUAUGGUUACAACUCGAUUGGGCAUUAAUGAAAUUCAAAAGACAAUGUUUCCAAUAAAAGAUAAUUACGAACGACAAGCGCUUUUUAAUUAUAUGCUGAAAUUUCGUAUUUUUGAUAGUCUUAUUUGCGAUCCAUUUGGAAAUAUUUUUAUUCAAAAAUUUCUUGAAGAAGCGCAAGACAUUGAACAAACAUGGAUUAUGCGACAUAUUAAGAGUCGUGUAGUUAGUUUAUGUUCAAACGUCUAUUCGUGUCGCAUUCUUCAAAAAUUAAUCGAAAUAUUCAAAAUGACGAUAAAAAUAGAGAUUUUAGAUGAAAUUCGUGGCUCGGAAAUAUUCUUAACAAUGGAUAAUAUUGGAACUUAUUUUAUUCAAAAAAUUUUUGAAUGUUUUCCACCAAGUAAAAUUGAUUUUAUCAUUUAUCUAUAUACAUUUUCGAUGCAAAAUUUUACGCAAAUAAUUCAAGAUAUGAAUGGCUGUCGAGUAAUACAACAUGCAAUAAAGACGCUAUCAAAUAAGCAAUCAUUAUCGAAAAUUUUUAUGGAUUUCCCGAUGGAAUGCGAAUAUGCCGAUCAACUUCUGGAAAAAUUAUUUCGUAGAAUUCAUGAAGGUUGUACGGAAUUCAUUUCGCAUAAAUUUGCCAACUAUGUUAUACAGCAAAUAAUUUGUUCGGAAUUCGUUAGAAAAGAACGUGAUUACGUGAUUCGGCAAAGUAUUUUAGGAAGGACAUUAUCAUUAUCGCAAGAGAAAUUUGGUUCCUUCGUGAUACAAAAAGCCUUAAAACACGCUCCCACAAAUUUACUGCAUUAUUUAAUGAAUGAAAUUCUCGAUGGAUAUGAUCGAGAUUCGUAUGGUCGUGAUGCUUUAGACGUUUUACUGUUUGAUCAGUAUGGCAAUUAUGUGGUACAAACAAUGUUAGAAUUGGCAUUUGACCCCAAAAAAGGUAAUAUUGCUUGGAGACAAAAGAUUUCUAUGCGAAUAAUUGUCAAUAAACAGCGAUUAAAACGCUAUUCAUCUGGUGUAAAAAUUAUUGGACUCGUUGAAAAAUUUAUCAAUAAUUAA